UCCUCGGGCCAGCCCGGGCCGACGAGUCCGGAGGGGCUACCGCGGGAGCCCCCAGGUUUCCCUCGAUGCCAGAGUCCCUUUUCCUGCCAGAAGGUCGUCUGUGGAAACCUCAGCCAUGGCUUCACUCUCAGAGCCCGUGACAUUCAGAGAGUUCUGCCCUCUGUACUAUCUCCUCAAUGCCAUUCCCACAAAGAUCCAGAAGGGUUUCCGCUCUAUCGUGGUCUACCUCACGGCCCUCGAUACCAACGGGGACUAUAUCGCGGUGGGCAGCAGCAUCGGCAUGCUCUACCUGUACUGCCGGCAGGUCAACCAGAUGAGGAAGUACAACUUCGAGGGCAAAACUGAGUCCAUCACAGUGGUGAAGCUGCUGAGCUGCUUCGACGACCUUGUGGCUGCAGGCACGGCAUCGGGCAGGGUGGCAGUGUUUCAGCUCGUGUCUUCAUUACCGGGGAGAAAUAAACAGCUUCGGAGGUUCGAUGUCACCGGUAUUCACAAAAAUAGUAUCACAGCUCUGGCUUGGAGCCCCAAUGGGAUGAAGUUGUUCUCUGGAGAUGACCGAGGGAAAAUCGUCUAUUCUUCUCUGGAUCUAGACCAGGGUGUCUGCAACUCCCAUUUGGUGUUGGAAGAGCCGUCUUCAAUCGUGCAGCUAGAUUAUAGCCAGAAAGUGCUGCUCGUCUCCACCUCACAAAGAAGUCUGCUCUUCUACACUGAAGAAAAAUCUGUCAAGCAAAUUGGCACACAACCGAGGAAGACCGCUGGGAAAUUCGGUGCCUGUUUUAUACCAGGACUCUGUAAGCAAAGCGAUCUAACCCUGUACGCGGCAAGGCCUGGGCUCCGGCUGUGGAAGGCCAACGUCCAGGGGACUGUUCAGGCCACAUUCAUCUUAAAAGAUGUUUUUGCCGGGGGAGUCAAGCCUUUCGAACUGUACCCGCGUCUGGAACCCGCCGACAGGGGAAGCUGCAGUGCGCCCGAGAAGCACCUGGGGCUGGUCUCGUGUUUCUUUCAAGAAGGCUGGGUGUUGAGCUGGAAUGAGUAUAGUAUCUAUCUUUUGGACACCAUCAACCAGGUCACAAUUGCAGGUUUAGAAGGAUCAGGUGAUAUCGUGUCUGUUUCCUGCACAGAAAAUGAAAUCUUCCUCUUAAAGGGAGAUAGGAACAUUAUCAGAAUUUCGAGCAGGCCCGAAGGAUUAGCAUCAAUAGGGAGAGAUGGUCUGGAACCGUCAGGGUGUGCUGAGCGCAUCCAUGUACAGCGUGUGGAGAAGCCGCCAGGGGCCGCAGUGUCUAAGACGCGGCUCCGGGGCUCCUCCGUGGCCAGCUCGGCAGCCAGCGAGCCCAGGAGCCGGAGCAGCUCGCUCAACUCCACGGAUAGCAGCUCCGGGCUCCCACCACCCAGCCCCCAGGCCACCUCCGAGCCCGUGCAGGGCAGCCAGCCCUCCUCGCAGAGAUUCAGCGUGAUUAGCUCGGAAGACUUCGACCAAGAGCUUGUUGUGAAACCUAUCAAAGUGAAGAAGAGGAAGAAGAAGAGGAAACCAGAAAGUGGGAGCAGGAGCGCCUGCCACAGCUCCCUGGAGUCGACUCCGUGCUGCGAGCUUCCCGGUGGGAGCCCCCACUCCCUGACCUCGGACUUGCUCUCCAUCACCUCGAGUGUCCUGGGCAGCAGUGUGGACCAGCUGAGCACAGUGUCCCCCGACCCGGAGAGCAGCCUCUGCAGGGAGCUAAACGGUGGCCUGCCGGAGAACAAUGACUCCGAGACAUUUAGUGUGCUGGAGGUCCCCGAGUCCACUCCUGACUUCCUGGGUGAAGAGAGUGAGGACAGAGCUGAAACCCCACAGUGUGACCCUGCGGGUGAUGCGGACCCAUUCCGGGGAUGGCAUGAUGUGCCCUUGUUCCUGGGGGGCAACGUGGACCCAGAACUCGGAGAGGAGCAGGGUCCUGCAGAGGACAGGCCCAGCCAAGAGCCGACACCCUUCCAAGAACCGAACAGCUCUGCUAAGUUGCAUGAGGCAGAAAAUAUAGAGCCUGACAGCCCCCCGAGCAUGUCUUCUGAAGUCCCCCUCCCGGACCUUCUCACUGAGCCUUCCAGCCUUGGUGUGGAGCAGCUGCCGCCUGGGCCCAGUGCUGACGGGGGCUGUGCCACAGAGCCCAGGGAGGAGCAAAGCUUCCUGAUGGGUGUCGGGGGCCCCAGCCUCCUCGGCCCACAUCCCUGGCAUGAUGUUCCCAGAGAUGACACAAGUCAGGCAGAAGUGGCCGAUUCCAAAUGUGACUGGGGGAGCAGGGGGGGAGAGUUGAAUCUUCCAGUCUCUGCCUUGGCAGGCAGUGCCCGUGGGCCUCAGCUCGAGCAGCCAUCACGGGACCAGGUAUCCGCCUCCAGCGAUGAGGAGGACAUCUAUGCCCACGGGCUUCCCUCGUCAUCUUCUGAGGCCAGCGUGACGGAGCUUGGAGGCAGCCGCUCACUCCCAGACCUGGGCCGGCAAGGCACAGAUGCCACCGGGCUGCUGAAGGCUGACCAGUUUGCAGAGAGCUGGAUGGGCUACUCCGGCCCUGGCUAUGGCAUCCUCAGCCUGGCGGUCUCCGAGAAGUACCUUUGGUGCCUGGACUACAAAGGCGGGCUGUUCUGUAGCGCGCUGCCGGGUGCCGGCCUGCGGUGGCAGAAGUUUGAAGACGCUGUCCAGCAGGUGGCAGUCUCGCCUUCAGGAGCCCUUCUCUGGAAGAUUGAACAGAAGUCCAACCGCGCUUUUGCUUGCGGAAAAGUCACUAUCAAGGGGAAGCGGCACUGGUAUGAAGCUCUGCCCCAGACAGUAUUUGUGGCGUUGAGCGAUGACACGGCCUGGAUUGUCAGGACAAAUGGAGAUCUGUACCUGCAGACAGGCCUCAGCGUGGACCGCCCGUGUGCCAGAGCUGUGAAGGUCGACUGCCCAUACCCACUGUCCCAGAUCACAGCCCGCAACAGCGUGGUAUGGGCGCUGACUGAGCAGCGGGCCCUGCUGUACCGCGAGGGCGUGAGCAGCUUCUGCCCCGAGGGCGAGCAGUGGAAGUGUGACAUCGUCAGUGAGAGGCAAGCGUUGGAGCCUGUCUGCAUUGCCCUUGGGGACCAGCAGACACUCUGGGCCCUGGACACCCGCGGAAACCUGUGGUUCAGAACCGGCGUGGUUUCCAAGAAGCCGCAAGGAGACGACGACCAUUGGUGGCAAGUGAGCAUCACAGACUACGUGGUGUUUGACCAGGGCAGCCUGUUCCAGACAAUAAUCCACGCCACGCACUCGGUGGCCACCGCGGCACAAGCGCCCGUCGAGAAGGUGGCGGACAAGCUGCGCAUGGCGUUCUGGUCUCAGCAGCUCCAGUGCCAGCCCAGCCUCCUGGGUGUCAACACCGGUGGUGUCUGGCUCUCCUCGGGCAGGAACGAGCUCCACGUCGCCAAGGGCAGCCUUAUAGGCACUUACUGGAAUAAUGUUGUUCCCCGUGGGACAGCUUCUGCAACAAAAUGGGCCUUUGUACUGGCCUCCGCAGCUCCCUCAAAGGAAGGAAGCUCCCUGUGGCUGUGCCAGAGCAGCAAGGACCUGUGCUGCGUCAGCACCCAGAGCGCCCAGUCCCGGCCCUCCACCGUGCAGCUGCCCCCUGAUGCUGAGAUGAGGGCCUACGCCGCCUGCCAGGACGCGCUGUGGGCGCUGGACAGCCUCGGCCAGGUGUUCAUCAGGACGCUGUCCUGGAGCUGCCCCACGGGGAUGCACUGGACUCGGCUGGACCUUUCCCAGCUAGGAGCUAUAAAGCUGACAAGCUUGGCAUGUGGAAAUCAGCACAUCUGGGCCUGUGAUUCCAGGGGUGGUGUUUACUUUCGCGUCGGAACCCAGCCUCUCAACCCCAGUCUGAUGCUUCCUGCCUGGAUAAUGAUUGAGCCACCUGUCCAGCCCGCCGGGGUCAUCUUGGUGAGCAUCCACUCCAGCCCCAACGACCAGAUGCUUUGGGCAAUUGACAACAAGUGGAACGUGCACGUCCGCACUGGGAUCACCGACGAGAUGCCAGUGGGGACCGACUGGGAGCACGUGCCAGGGCUACAGGCCUGUCAGCUGACGCUGAGCACAAGGACUGUGUGGGCCCGCUGUCCUAAUGGAGACGUCGCCCGGCGGUACGGUGUCACCGACAAGAACCCUGCUGGAGACUACUGGAAGAAAAUUCCUGGGAACGUGUCAUGUGUCACAGUGACGGCCGCUGAUGAGCUGUGGGCAAUCGGCCCCCCAGGCUACCUCCUCCAGCGGCUGACAAGAACAUUCAGCCAUUCACACGGCGCCCAGAAGGGCAGCCUGGCCACUGCCACAACCCACCCCGAGGACUUUGAGGAUGAGUGGGAGGUCAUCUGAAGGAGCGCUAGGGGCCGAUGCACUCAGGAAGGGAGCUGCGACUUCUGCAGGGGCCACGGCGGGGCUGAGCCGCUCCCACGGACAUGCCUCAUCGGCCUCGUCUGGCCAGGCCAGCCACCCACGCUUGCUGUCAUCUGUCUCUCUCCGUCUUAUCCAGAACGCACAGCCU